AUGGCUGAUCUUGCGCUCUUAGAAGAUGUGGCAAAUGGAAGAAUUCGGAGUGAACGCAUCUUUAGACAGCAAGAAGACUUGCUGGCAAACGAGGACGAGUGGCUUAUGAGCCGGUUCCGACUUCCUCGAGCCGUCCUGUUGGACCUCUGCGGGCUUUUGGGCCCGGCGUUACAGAGGAGCACUCGGAGGAACCACGCCGUGCCAGUCCCACUUCAAGUCCUAACAACACUAGGAUUCCUGGCGACUGGCACUUUUCAGACGGAAUUGGCUGACAGCUCAGGAAUAUCUCAGCCGACCCUUAGCCGGGUAAUGCCAGACAUGUUAAAAGGCAUAAUAGCUUCGUCCCAUGAUUCCAUAAAGUUUCCAUACACGGCGGGUGAACAGGCAAACAAGAAAGCUCAAUUUGCAGCUAUGUAUGGUUUCCCAAAUGUCAUCGGUGCUAUUGACUGCACUCAUGUUGCCAAAAGGGCACCGAACGUUAAUGAAAAUACUUUCAUUAAUCGAAAGCAUUUUCAUUCAAUCAAUGUCCAAAUUAUUUGUGAUGCAGACAUGUUGCUCACUAAUGUAGUAGCUCGGUGGCCUGGGUCAACCCAUGACUCAUUUAUUUUAAGACACAGCAGUGUUGGACGCAGACUCGAGGCUGGUGCUAUACGUGAUGGCUGGCUUCUAGGGGACAGUGGAUAUCCCCUCAAACAGUGGCUGCUUACGCCUUUCCUCAACCCACAUAGUGCAGAGGAAAGGCACUACAACAUGUGCCACAGCCGAGCUCGCGCUAUAGUGGAGUGCACCAUCGCUGUUUAA